UACAUGCUGAAUGUAUAACGAAACACUUUGUAUACGAAAUACAUAUAUGACAAUGACGUUCUGUCAAAAACAGAAAAACGCAAUUAUUAUGAGCGACAACACAAGUGAAAAUAACAUUCCAGUUUCGGGAUGGAAAUCGAACAAAUUCUAUAUAAUGGCUUUAAUAUCUUGGACCUCGGGAUUGGUUAACGUAUAUCACACUCCCAGGUUUUUCCUGAGAGGUACCUUUCUUGAUCUCUUGAUCGCCUAUAUCUUCCUGAUGAUAGUGAUGGGAAUUCCAAUGAUGCAAAUGGAACUGGUUCUUAGUCAAUAUUCUCGAAAAUCAGUUGUAGGAUCAUGGGACCUUUGCCCUUUAUUCCGAGGCAUAGGCUACACCAAAGCUGUCACGAUAUUCAUAUUCCAAUUGUAUUAUAAUGCUGUGAACAGCUACAUUUUACUUUACUGCUUUUGCGCCAUUCCCAAAUAUGAAUCUCUGGAAAAAUGUGACAUGAAUGGUUCUAACGCAUCACACUGUUUUAAUGUUCAUUUCAACGGUUCUGUAGAAAGGGCGCAGUAUGGAUCGUAUGCAGAAAAAUUUUGGUUCAAAGAAAUAUUGAAUGUCGAUAGAGACAAUAAAUUAUCAGAUCCCCAUUGGAAACUCGUAGGCUGUCUCUGCGCUACAAUGACAGUCAUAUUUUUGGCAACCUCCAAGGGACUAGAGAGCUUAAAAAAAAUCAUAAGCCUUUCGUUUGUAGUCUCGUCCAUAGAAAUGGUAAUUUUUAUAUAUGUUGUUACCUUAAUGCCUGGAAGUUUAAGAGGAAUAAAGAAUUUCAUCACAAUAAACUUCAAUUUUGAUAAAUUGGCUCCAUGGAGAAGAGAAUCGGCCACGUUUCUGAGUUUUCAAAUGAUGUUUUAUUCCCUGGGAAUUGGUCUAGGUGGUUAUUCCAGUAUAGCAGCAGAAAGCAACUUCAGAGCCCCUUCUCAUGAGUAUCCAAUAUGGAUUAACCUGACAAAUUUUGGUCACACAAUUAUACACUCCUUUUUUAUGGCCAAUCUUUAUGGUAUAGUAAGUUAUCAUACCAGGGAGGAUAUAGAAAGGGUCAAAGACACUGUUAGAACAAAUCCGGAUUUCUCAUACAUAUUCAUGAUAAUACCAAAUGCACUUUCUUCAAUGCCUGGUCACCCUCAAGUAUGGCAGUUCAUAAUCUUUUCAAGCCUUUAUCUACGAGGCUUAAGCUGUUCCAUUCUGAUGGCAUACACAGUUCUGCAAAUCGUAUAUGAGAUAAGGCCAACCCUAAAGAGAUAUUCUUGGAUUUGCUCUCUGGCAUUCACUGGAAUCAUUUGUUUUCCAGGUUGGGUUUUGCACACGACUACAGGCUUUAAACUGAGUACAUUCAUAAACGAUAUUACUUACACAACUUUACUUCCUGUGAUAAACACUGUUCAAGUAAUAGCAGUAGUAUUUUUCUAUCACAUAUUUCACUUGGCAGAUGAUUUGUAUUUUAUGCUCGGUUUCCCACCAUCAAAUUACUUCCAGUUAUCACUUGUGUUCACUUCGUUUUUAUUACCAAUGUUUACAGUAAUAAGUCUAGUUCGUUAUUUUGAAGAAACACAUUCUGAAAUGACCAUAAUAAUGCAGAAAAGUAUCCUUUCCAUUGUCCUGAUAUGGAUCCCAUUUAUGGCUAUGGUGAGAAUAAUAAGGAAAAGAAAAUGGGCAAUUAUUAUUAGCCCUUCCUCAAAAUGGGGUCCACCCGAUGAACUGAAGGAGAGCAGAAAAAUAUUUUCAGAAGUUCAUUCUAUAGAGGAAUACAUGUAUGAAAAAUAUCUGAGAAAGAAUAAACUUCGAAAAUAUAAAUGAAAAUAUUGAAGUGUAUAAUCAAUCCUACCUUAAUCAUUACUGGUAAAU